CAGCGACGCGCGACCGCGAUUAGGGACUGUGACCGGGUUGCACGACCCACUGCUUAAAAUUUAUAUGGAGCACAAAGACAAUUCAACAAGAUUCCAGAGCCAUACUAUAGUUUAUUUAAAAAAAGAAAUUUGAUUUUGACUUUGACUUUUGAGCCUUCGAGUCUUUGAGUUUGAGGUUAGAUUUUUAAGUAAAAAGUAAACAAAAUAAAAAUCAAGAAUUAAUAAAAAUAUAAUUGUAAUUUGAUCAUGUCUUUAUUAAAACUAGUUCAAAAUAACACUAAAUCAGCAUUUUUUAGGUGUAAUGAGCCAAAGAUAUUCUUAAUUUCUUCCAGAAAACUAAGUAUAGUUCCAUCAAUUUAUGAUGGGGAGGAUCCAGCGCCUAAAUUCUUUUCAUCUGGGAUCCAAAUAUUGCUGAAACGUCUAACGAGGCCUGAUUUUGCCAAAGUAUUCCGCAAAAGAAAUAACAGCAAUAUAUCUGUGCUGCGUACUCCUAAAUAUAAAUUUGUGACGGACGAGGAACUUCGCAUGGAGAAAUUGAAAGCAGACAAGAGUGCUGACCGAUUAUUGCAAAUGCCACCAGUAGUUAAGGUGCACAAACCAAUUGAUGAUGUCUUAUCAAUAGACCCUGCUCUGAUAGGAUAUGAUUCAGCCAAGUAUUUAUUUACAGACAUCAGUUUUGGUGUUGAUAACGAACACAGAACGAUUAUUGAAAGAGACCCUGACGGCACGCUGAGAAGUUGUGAUCACGCUGAAAGAAAAAGACUUAAUCAGAUAUAUUUCCCGAUGCAGGGCCGCAAAAUAAGAGAGCCUUUGAUAUUUCAAGACGAAGAGAAGUUCCACAGCCUUCUGGACAGGCUUCAGUAUGAGUAUGUGUUGGACCGUGCCUGUGUGCAGUAUGAACCAGACGAACCAACGUAUCAUAAACUGACAAGUAUUACGUACCAGCAUAUUGAUCUUAAGAGCAUGUAUGAUUUACUGAGAUCUACCCGUCACUUUGGGCCGCUAGCGUUUUACCUGACGUGGCACAAGAGCGUGGACAACCUGAUGCUGGAACUGCUGCAGAGUGCCGACGUGCGGGAGGCGGUGCUGCUGCUGGCGCUGCGGCAGGCACUGCACGGCGACCUGAGCAGUGGGGAGGAGAGCAGUGCGCUUGUGUCACAGAUAUUACCGACGCCUGUACAACUUACCAAAAAAGAGCAACUAUCAGAAGAAGACAUACAACUCGACACCAAAUGCAUUGAAUGCGUAGAUAAGUACAUCAACACAAACUCCGCCAUGAAGAGUCAGCAAGGCCUAGCUCUGCAGGGCUUCAGGGAGCAUUACCAACAGCUUGUGGAACUUAGUCGAGGGUUGAAGAAAGCACAUGGCGCCGCUUGAGUUAUUUGUAGAAUUUAUUGUUUAUUAUUAAAAAUUAGAUAAUAAAUGGUGUACCAACAA